GGAGCGCAGAUGAAUUUUUCAGUUGCCUUCAGCAAUGGGACGAAUCUUAUUGAUGAUGGAUUUUAUCUAGUUGCCUUCCGCACUUUGGCCAAUAAAAACUACCUCAUUUUGGCCUUGUCCAUCAUCUACAUCAUCACCUUGAUGGGUAAUCUUGUUUUGCUGGCUGUGGUCCUAAUGAACUCCAGUUUACACAACCCCAAAUAUCUCGCUGUGUGUAAUCUAGCCGUUGUCGACAUUUCAAUGAACAGUGUUAUUAUUCCUCAAAUGGUGCCUGUGUUUGUGUUUAACCAGAACCGACUUUCAUUUGGAACAUGCUUUUCUCAAAUGUUUUUCAUGCAUUUCUUUGGUGACAUGGAGUCUUUCUCUCUUGCUCUUUUGGCUUACGACCGCCUGGUUGCCAUCUGCUGGCCCCUGCGUUACCCCACCAUUAACACCAAUCCGAGGAUGAUGCUCAUAAUAGCAGGGAUUUGGUUUCUGGUUUUUCUGCUUGAUAUUUUCCCAGUAACUCUGGCUGCCAUGUUGCCUUACUGCAACUCCAGAGAGGUUAAAAGCUGCUGUUGCGAGCACGGUCCAGUAUAUCUACUGGCCUGUGCGGACAUUACUUACAACAGGAGACUGGCUACAGCUAAAACACUGACAACUUUACUGGGACCUUUGACGUUUAUUAUUGUCACCUAUGUGAUAGUGGUGGUGGCAGUGCUGCGCAUUGCAUCCAUAGCACAGCGCUGGAAGGCCUUUCAUACCUGUCUCAACCACCUGCUGCUGGUCCUGAUCUAUUACAUGCCAGUUAUUCUUGCAUAUGUACUAGGGAACCUGCGGUUGGGGUUGGUUCAGUAUGCUGAUAUUUUCACAGCUGCGCUGACCGUGUCUGUAACGCUUCCUCCAAUGCUGAAUCCCAUCAUAUACAGCUUAAAGACUGAUGAACUGAGAGACAAAAUAAUGAAGUUUUUGAGAAAGCCAAAGGUGGCACAAGAGAUUCAAAAUUAGGUAAAUGGUUAACUAAAAUCAUAUUUCUUUAAAAAAAUAAGGUACUUAAUAACCAAACUUCACAUUUAAGCCAUGUUAAGCAUGUUAAGCAGAAUCUCUGUUACAGAAAAUAUUCUGGUUUUCUACAUAAUAUUGUAGAACAUUUUUAUAAUUUGGUUCAUGUUUAAAUAUCACAUUGUAUCCGUUUUAAAUGGCUACAUCAAUGCAUUGUCUCUAAAAUGUAAGUAAGGACAAAAUACAGUAUGUAUGAAUUACAAUACAUGACACUGUAAAUUGUACUUGCAUAUCAAGCUUUCAUUUUGUAAUUCACAAUUAUUCUGGAUUAAAACAGUUAAUGCUUUAUUUUUAAAUUUUAGAGGCCAUUGUAAAGCCCACUGUACAACCAUCUUAGAUCAUAAAAGAUUAAA